UAAAAAAUAUAACACACUGCCAUUGUUUUGUUAAGCUCUUUAACGGCGUCGUUUCUCCCUGUUUUUAUUACAUACGAGCAGGUAGGGUUUAAGCGCCCGUCCUCAGCCCUCCCGAUCCGUUCACCUAAACCUCUGAACCAGAAAUGGCUACGUUCUGCAGAUCAGCUCUAGCGCCUGGUUCCAGGUCCCUUGUCGCUCGUUCCAAAACCCUAACCCAAAAAUCCAUAAGCCCAAAAGCAAUACCCUCGCCCGCGGUUUCUUCAUCGACUAGAGCCGUCCCUCGCGCUUCAAGGAUUGUUUCGGUGUUGGGGGGCGUUGAGUCAAUGAUGCCACUUCACAGCGCCAUUGCUUCUGCUCGGCUCAAAGCCAUCCUCGCCGUCGAUUCCUCCUGCUGGAGUUGUCUCUCUCAAGGACCUGUGACACAAUGGAGCAAGGACCUGCUCUAUCCAUGUGGGACAACAAUUGCUAGGAUAUAUUUGCAUGUCAUUCUGUAAUGGGAAAAAAACUCAAAAUUUGCAGUUCCUCGGUGACAGACUAAAGGCUUCAGUCUUUCAAACUAAGUGGCCUGCAUUUAGGUGGUUUUUAUGCUAUGUUUGUUGGGUCUACUUUGAUUUUCCUUUCCAUCUAUGGUUUUUGCGGUGGUGUAAGCAUCAUAUGGCCAAGAAAAUCGUGUACCAUAUGUUGACAUUUUAUUUUUUCUAUUUUUUUCUUGAUUUAAAAUAUAAAAAAAAAACCAAUUAGACAUUUUUAAUAUAUUGGUGUUAACGUAUACAUUAAGUGUGUGAUGAAACUUUUGUUCUGGUUUCC